AUGUGGAAAAAAAUUCUUCUUGACUUAAGAAAUCCCGUCAAGAGUCGACAUCUCGAUUCCAUUAAAAGGGAACGUUUAGGGGUGAUUUUUCAACGCGAAAUACUAGAAAUUAUGGAGCAAAGCAGUGAAUUGACAAAUUAUCGAAUUAGUAUUUCCAAGGUUGCUGUUCCCCCUUCUUUCUCAGAAAUUUCUGUUUUCUGGCUUGCCAGAGGUGAUGGGACUGACGAGGAAACAGGUAAGGUGCUCGAGUCUUUUGGAAGUUCUAUGCGAGCCAAACUGUCUGAAAAAUGCGGCUUUAUUAAAAUUCCAGUAGUCAAAUUUGUGAUGGACGACAAGGACUUAAGAGAGCAAAAACUGGAGAGGUUGUUUCGAGAAGCUGAUUACGGUGUGCCGUACAGAACUAUAAGCAACACAGCUGAGAUUAUUGGUGCGGUAAAUGUCAAUGAUCCUGCUUCAAAACCGAGAGAUUACAGGACUAGGGACGGGAAGAAAAAGCUUCCGUGGUUACAAAAUUCAAAGAGAAGGAAAUUGCCACAAAAGGAAAGCGAAGAAGCUGAUUUGUUGUGA